ACAAGAGAAGUGAAGAAGAAGAAGAAGAAAGGAAGCUACGUGUGUUUGAUGGUUAGCAGCUAGCUGUGAUCAAGGCUGUAAAAGAAACGGACAACCCACCUUUAAAGUUGUGGACAGCAUGGACGUGUUUUUGUACGUCAUCUCUGCCGCCAUCCUCGCGGCGCUGAUCGUGUUUGCGUUGAAAGUGCAGCGGAAAACUCAGCAAGCUGAUGACGAGCAGCAGAGGGGUGUGGCGCGAGCAGGAGGGCCUCCUCCUCGGGUGGUGGCGGCGGAGCGUGGAGCCGGAAUGCCUCGCAGGAGGAGAAACCUGGCUGCUGAGAUGGCUCACAGGAGAGCCCAGAGAGAGGAGUCGGAGGAAGAGGAGGACGAGGAGCAGCUGAGCGCUCAGCCGGCUGCAAAGAUAGGAGCCAAGAAGCAGAAGAAGCUGGAGGAGAAGCAGGCCAAGAAGGCCCAGAGAGAGGCGGAGCUGGAGGAGAGGGAGGAGCGCAAGAGGAUGCAGGAGGUCCGAGAGAAGGAGAGGCGGCAGGAGGAGGAGAGGGAGCGUCUGCUGGAGCAGAAGCAGGAGGAAGAUGAGAAACGAGCUAAAGAGGAGCAGGAACGACGAGAAGAGGAGGAGUACCUGAAGCUGAAGGCUUCCUUCGUGGUGGAGGAGCAGGGGGAAGAGGAGCUGCUUUCUGAGGAUCAGUCACGCCACCUGCUGCAGGACUUCAUCAACUACAUCCAGAACUCUAAGGUAGUUCUCCUGGAGGACCUGGCCUCCCAGUUUGGCAUGAGGACUCAGGAUGCCAUCAGCAGAGUGCAGGACCUCCUGGCUGAAGGAACUCUGACAGGGGUGAUGGAUGACAGAGGGAAGUUCAUCUCUAUCACCCCAGAGGAGCUGGACUCGGUGGCUCAGUUCAUCAGGCAGAGAGGUCGGGUUUCCAUCACAGAGCUGGCUCAGGCCAGCAACUCCCUCAUCAACCUGACGCCCCACAGUCGCAGCACCGCCUGACUGAUGGCGCCCUGCUGCAGGAGGAAGAACUGAACCAAGAACACAACAACCUGCUGGGAUCUUCACCCAAAGACCAUCAGAAGAUUUUAGCCAUUGAAUUGUUACUUUGGGAAAUGUAAAUGUAAAUUAUUUCAAAAGAAAAUCUAUUUGAAUCCAAA